UCCGAUGAGAAAAUUGGUGAAACCUACUUUAUCAUAAAUGUUUUUAUUUUUUAAACAUAGGUUAUGACAAGUACAUUACAUAAUUACACUCAUGUGUAUUUUAUUUUAAAAUUGUUAGCGCGCUAAUAAAUAAAAAAAAAAAAAUGAUGUGCAAUUGAAAUGUGAGAGAGAAAAGAUAAGCCGAAACUUUCCACCUACGUUCGAUACUUGGCAGAAUUAUUGAACUUAGCCAAAACAAAACAUCAACAAUUCACUAGAAAAAUUACAUGUCUCUAUUUAUUUUAUAAAUUUAUAAGUAUAAAGUAGAUACUCCUGAAUUAACAUGAGAUACUUGGUGAAUAUCCGAAGAGCAAAAUUAUUUUUAAGUACCUACGAAAAAUUAGUUAAUCGAUCAUCAGCAACAUUGAUGAGACGGUACUCAUCAAAUGCACCUGAAGAGUCAAGUAGAGACAAAAAACCUUCACUACACAAACACCUGCAUGCUAAAAUAAAAUCAUGUGGGCCUAUUCCUGUGGCUGAGUACAUGAAAGAAGCACUCACAAACCCUACAGCAGGAUAUUACAUGCUAAGAGACGUAUUUGGUGCCGAAGGGGAUUUUAUAACAUCUCCAGAAAUCAGUCAGCUCUUUGGCGAGAUGGUAGGGAUAUGGGUGUUGAACGAGUGGAGAAAAAUUAGUAAAGACAACUUUCAAUUAGUCGAGCUGGGACCUGGGAGAGGGACGUUGAGUAAAGAUAUUUUAAAAGUAUUCAAGCAACUUAAAGCGCUGAAUAAAUUGUCUCUGCAUUUAGUUGAAGUCAGUCCUGCUUUGUCAGAGAUUCAGGGUAAGAAAUUAUGUACAACUUCUAAGGAAGUUACCCCAAUUUUAAUUAGUAAUAGUGAUGAUAGAAAUGAAAAGCACUAUCGUGAAGGAGUUACGGAUGAUGGUACUCAUGUAUUUUGGUAUCGUUCUAUAGAACAUGUACCAAAAAAAUUUAGUGUUUUUAUCGCUCAUGAAUUUUUUGAUGCUUUACCUAUCCACAAAUUCCAGAAAAAUAAUGGAGCAUGGCAUGAAGUUUUUGUAGAUAUUGAUCCAGAAAAUGAAGAAAAAUUUCGAUACGUAAUGUCUAAGUUUCCUACUUUGUCAAGCAAACUAUUUAUAUCGGAAGAUGAAAAAAGAGAUCACGUAGAAGCAAGCCCGCAAAUGAUGGUAAUAAUUGAUUACAUGGCAAAGUUUUUGAAAGAGUGUGGAGGGUUUGCGUUUAUCGCUGACUACGGUCAUACGGGGGAUAAGACUGAUACUUUUCGCGCAUUUAAGAAACACCAGCAGCAAGACCCGCUGGUUGACCCAGGAACUGCGGACCUUACAGCAGACGUCGAUUUUGCAAUGAUUAAAAAAAUAGCUACUAAAGAUGACAGAAUGAUAGCAUUUGGUCCGGUUAGUCAAAAAAAAUUUUUACUAGAUCUAGGCAUUGAUGUGAGGCUAAACAUGCUGUUACAUAAAACAUCAGACGCUGACAGGAAAGAUUUAAUAUCCGGAUACAAAAUGCUAGUUGAUGAAGACAAAAUGGGUUACUUUAUUUGAGGGCACUAUUAGAAGAAUCGACAUAAAAGCAAAUAAAACUUAUCAUCAGAGAGUAAUGGUAAUUCAGAUUCAAUGUAAAUCGGUAGAUGGCACGGUAAGUACAAUAAAAGAAAAUUACGGAAAUGUGGCAGGAAUUUAAAGGAAUCAAAAUUAAUUUGUGAAUUCAAUGGGCACUCCAUCGUGUAUCUAUUUGAAUUAU